UAUUUUAAUUUAAGAACUUAUCCUAUCUUAAAUGGAGUAUUCAAGUGACUCGGACAGUUCCAACUCAGACAACUCCACCACUACCACUUACUGGACAAGCUCAAGCGAGGACUCUAGCGACAGUUUUUCGUUCAGUUCCAGUUCUUCGUCGAACUCAAGUUUUUCGUCGAGCUCAAGUUCUUCGUCGACCUCAAGUUCUUCGUCGACCUCAAGUUCUUCGUCGACCUCAAGUUCUUUUACGACUUCAAGUUCUUCGUCCGACUCCGAUUCUUCGGCAAGUUCUUCGUUAAUACUCGAUAUUGUUCGCCUCAGUACCCCGUUCGACUUUAGUUCUCUGUCGAGGUACUCUAAUCCCACCGUCAAUGAUCCGGCCUCAAGACCUUUGCCGGAAAACAAUUUCUGGUCCAAUUUAAAUUCUUCGCCUAGAUCCAGUCCAAUCAGAGUCGAAGCUUCCCAGCGCUCAACUACAACGGCCAAACGUGCUCUUAAUGGACCAAAUACCAAUAAUUCGGUAGAAAACAAACGGGCCAAGCCCGAUGUGAGGGAUACCGAGCCCUACAAGUGCCCGGUGUGCCUUGAAGAUGUCCGUUAUAGAGAACCGGUGUCCAUCUCUUGUGGGCAUGUAUUCUGUAAAGCCUGCAUGCUUCUCUGCCAUCGCUCAACAAAGAAUUGCCCGAUAUGCCGAGCUGAAUUCAACGAAUAUCAUCAAAUUUUCAUGUAAAAUUUUAUAGGACUUUCAUGUAUCUUUGUAUGCAUAUUCGUAUUUUAUACUUUAUUAAUAAGUACUUCAAAAACUGCCAGCGUAUUGUAAGCUGAGCUACUAAAUGUAUAACACCUGGAGAAACUGUUGCUCUAUCAACAAUAUAAAAUAAAAGGAACUUAUCCUAA